AUGUGUGCAAGGAAUUGGAAGGAAGUGGACGACGAGUGCUGCGCCCACGCUCCGCGGCCCGCUCGUUUUCCCGUGAGUAAAAUAUUGGUGCUGUGCGGCUUUGUUGUCCUGUUCUUUGUGGAGUCGUGCACCGUCGGCAGCUGGCCAAUGCCGGGUGCCCCGGCCCCCACAUCUUCUCCCGCCGCCGGCGGCCCUGACAUGCCGGGCGGACGCAUGAGCGACACGGUGCUGCAGCACACCAUGCAGCAAAUGAACGCGAUCUCGUCCAGGCAAACCGCUCCUUUUUUGUUUCCAUGGGGAGAGGAGCGACUUGCAAUUUUGAAGGAGUGGAAGCAGAUUUACUACAGCAUUCGGGGUGAUUUGGCUCGAUGGGCUCGAUCCAACGCCAAAGAUGGAAAAGCCAAAGACACCCAGGCAGAGCCUGAGCCGGGAAAUCGGCUGCAGAUGCUUGUGUACGACGUUAACGAUGGAUACAUGACUUUGUCUCUCGCAAGCUUUUUUCCGGAUUUGUUUGUGACAGGCGUCGUUCUAAGCGGCUGUCCCCAAUCGGUCGCGGAGGGGAACGCAUGUCCCUCUCUGCGUCAAAUAUCGAAGGGGAUAGAGAAUAGAUGGAACACCAUACAGAGUCAAAAUAAUUUAGAAAAUCCACGUCUUUUUCUUUGUUUGUCGCCGCCAAUGUCACUUAUUCGGCUUGGCAACAUGGCUGGCCGUCAAACAAUGGCAGAAUACCAAGUUGCUGUGUCUCUUUUUGAAAACUUUGCACACACCCCGACAAAAAGAACAUUUCAGCGGUCCCUUAUUUCUUUCCUUAAGAGCGCAUCAGUAGCAACUUUCAUCACUCUUCCUGUAUUUGGAAAAGGUCCACAUAAGCCAAAAAAUGUCUUGCAUUGGUACAAUCAACCACACGACCCGGAGCAGCUAAUGAGGGAAGCUGCAGAGCUCUUUUCAGUUCAGUUGUCUAUUGUUCAUUUGGUUUCUGUUCGAUGGGGAGACGAAGACCGGGCAUUGUUUCGUGUAGAAGUCCUGCGAGACUCGAACUGGACUGAGCAGGAGACUAUGAAAUGUGAAGUUCGAAAAGAUCUUUUGCGCUGUGAUCCACGGGGGCAGUUUGUGAAGUGCUCUGCAUGA